GAGUCGGUUGUACAGUGUAGAGAUUAUACUGCUUAUUUACAAUGGAAGUGUUUCAUAAACUACCCUUAAUUUUGCACACAAUUUUAACAAUAUUAGGAAUUUUUGUUUCAUACUACGUUGUUUUGUUUUUCAUCCAUUUACGGCGAAUAAAACGGAGUUUUAAAGGAGCGAAAGGGCCAGAAAAAUGUCAUUGGUUGUUCGGGAGCUUUUUUACUUUUCCUGCAGAGAGUCACAAACGAUUGAUGUAUUUUGUGGAAAUGGCCAACACCUACGGGAGUAAACAAGGAUAUGUUCUACUCUGGGGCAUGUUUCAGAAACCAAUUGUUGUGCCCUGCAGUCCAAAAGUGACAAUGAAAAUAUGCAAGAGCAAUGAACCAAAGUCAAAAGGUCUUGGAGGACCUUAUCGGUUCUUACAGCCAUGGCUAGGUGAAGGAUUGCUUGUUGCCAAUGGAGAGAAAUGGGCGCGAAACAGACGUCUGCUAACUCCCGCCUUCCACUUUGACAUUCUAAAGCCUUACACUAAAGUGUUUAACCAGUCGGCUGAUACACUCGUGAAAAAAAUAACUACAAAUGUUGAAGCUGGCGAAAGGUUUGAAGUUUUCCAGAAUGUAUGUUUAUGCACGUUGGAAAUCAUACUGAAAUGCGCAUUCUCGUACAGUAAGGAUGUACAGAACGCUGGGUAUGGUAGUCACAUGUUUGAUACAUGUAUUACAAUAUCAUUUGUUUCAUUCCAGAACAUGUUCGUUAUUUCAGUUUUAAAAAGUAAUCACUGCUUUUGUUUGUCACCAAGUUAUAUUACAAAACAAUCAGAAUGGACAAACAUUACCCUAUUCCUGGUAAGUUCUCUGUACUUUUUUGAAUUGGUGGUCUCUAACCGUAACCUAAAUAGUAUAACUUGUUCUGCAUAUUUAUUUACCAGGCACCCCAUAACGUUUUUCGAUACCGUUUGGAAUAUAAGUUCAGUGGGGCGACAGUUCAGGAAAGACUGUGAAUUUGUGCACUCCGUUGCGGAAGAAAUUAUCGACAAACGAAGAGAUACGCUGGAACAGACCGGAAAACCUAUGAGUAGUCGGUACAUUGACUUUCUAGACAUCCUUCUAACCGCGAGGGAUGAGGAGGGUCGGGGACUCUCAAGACUGGAAAUACGAAAUGAAGUUGACACGUUUUUGUUUGAAGGUCAUGACACAACAGCUAGUGCCAUAUCAUGGAUCCUGUAUUCAUUAGCGGAAAAUCCCGAAUGUCAGCGGAAGUGUCAGGCGGAGAUUGACGAAGUACUCGGAGACAGUGAAACCGGUGAUGUAGAAUGGUCAGAUUUAAAUCAAUUGGAGUACCUCACAAUGUGCAUCAAAGAAGGUAUGCGAUUACACGCCCCGGUAACAGGCGUGGCCCGGGAAACAGAACAAGAUUUUGAUCUGGGCGAUAGAGUUGCCCCAAAAGGAACAAUGUUCAUGAUUAGUAUGAAUGUAUUAAACCAUAUGGAGAAUGUAUGGGGUUCAGAUCACAUGGAAUUCAAACCAGAACGAUUCUCAAAAGAAAAUGUCGACAAGAUUGAACAUUUCCAGUAUGUACCGUUUUCAGCAGGACCAAGGAACUGUAUUGAACAGAACUUUGCAAUGAAUGAGGAAAAGGUUGUACUUUCAAAGUUAUUGAGAAAUUUUACGUUUAGACUGGAUCCAGACCAUGAAGUAAUUAAAAAGGUUUCCGGCGUCAUGAGAACAAAAGAUGGAAUGUUCAUGUUUGCUGAGAAACGGAAAUGCUGACACUACAAUGAAACUUGCGAGCGAAAUUGCCGGACAAAAUUAGACUGAACACAGUUUAAAAUCAUUAUCAAACCUUUGCAGCUUUAGAGAAAAAAAUAUGCGGACGUAGUCAGUGUGAUUCUGAACUGAUGGUGCAUAAAAACUACAAAAAUGUAAUUUCCUUUUAUUGUGUUAUUCGCAUCUCUAACUAUCUUUGUAUCAUAAUUCUGCUUUGAUUUUUUUUUUCACAAAAUUUAGGCUAAGAUUUUGUAUCUCUUGUAUAAAAUGUCGACUGAAUUAUUUUUAAUAUUUCUUGCAUCCAAAGACAAAAAUACUCGUCACCAGCGGUUCCAUGUAUUUUUAGGAAAAUUCAGGACUGGACAAGCGGUCAUUCAUCCAGGCAACCGACAGUUAAAACAAC